AUGAGCCUGAAUCUCCAUGGACGCCAGAGCCAAGUUUCCAAAUAUGAAGCUGUUCCUCAGACGGCCAGCUCGCCGGCAGAACCGGCGAAACGGUCUGAGAAGAGUAUCUCCCAGAGCUGGAUGACACUGGCACUGAAUACCUGGUUCUGGGAGGGCGUCGCCAUGGUCUUCAGCCUGCUCUGCUUCGUCGCCAUUAUCUGCAUCCUCGCGGCCUUCAAGGGAAAGACGCGGCCGGAUUUCGCUUACGGGUUCACUCUGAACGCAAUCGUGUCCAUCCUCGCAACCGCGUCCAAGUCCUCCCUUACCUACAUGAUCGGAGAAUGCAUCGGGCAGUUGAAGUGGAUCUGGUUUUACCAGAAGGAAAGGCAGCUGGACCAGAUACAGUUGUUCGAUAGUGCCAGCCGCGGUCCGCUUGGGUCUCUGUUUGUGAUAAUGCAGCACAAGGGCCAGUCGAUCGUAUCGCUCGGUGCACUGGUGACGCUUCUGGUGCUGACGUUCGAUCCAUUUGUACAGCAGAUCCUGAUGUAUCCCACCAGGGAGGUGGUUGACACUUCUGGCUCUGGCCGUGCAGUUGCAAAGCAGGCAAUCACUUUCAUCCCUGACGCCUUCGAUUCAGACAUGCAGACAAUCAUCAACACUGGCGUCUGGUCGCAAUCGCCGGAGUACCUGCAACCGAACCUGACAUGCUCUUCUGGCAAUUGCAAAUGGCCGGCCUUCCAGUCUGUGGGCCUGUGCAGUCAAUGUGAAGACAUUACCCCCCAGACGAGCUUCAAUUGCACCCCGUCUGGAUUCAACGACACCGGCAUAUCGGCUGUGAUACCCUGCCAGAUCGUCCCUCCGCAGGGGAGCCCGCUAUCUAUCCCAGUUGGGUUGAAAUCCAGCAACAUCGACAGCUCUACCCAGAAUUGGACUCUCUUAUCUCUGAAUCUCACGGAGCAUAAUGUAUGGCCCAUUUUCAACUACGAUGGCUAUAGCAGUCCUUCCGGGGCAGUAUAUGCCGGCAUAACGGAUCCGCAGUUCGUCAUAGCUCAAGCAGAGGUGGGCAUAGCCACGAAUGAAACCACCACGCCAUCUCCACUUGCGGAUCUGGGAAGCCUAUUCCACAUCAAACACGCCACCCAAUGUGCCGUUGGGAUCUGCGCUAGAACAUACGACGUCUCCGUGACCAACGGAACUGCAUCAUUCAAGGCCUCCCCCCCAGACUUCGGCCAGCGCUUCCCCAAUCCCCAAUCCGGUCCCGUGCCUGUAGAUAUGGCAGCCGUCUGGCCUUCAUGCUGGAAACCAUCCGACGGGCUGCCGGCCAAUCGCACCAACGUAACAGACGUCUACGGAGGAAUGGCCUGGGCAAACGUACACGAGUUCGCAUCCUGCCAAACCGGCGAUUUCUCCAGCCUGAAUAAGCACCUCGCAGGAAGCACAAGACUCGAGCAGGGUCUCACCCAAUACGGCCCAGGCGAUUUCUCCAAAUGGAGUAAGGCCAACCUGCCAUCAUCAGAUACACCCGAGCCCAGUGUCGCCAGGAUCCUCAGCAGAGGCCUGGAGCCGGUAAUCAGCGACGUCGCCGCAUCGUUCACCCGGGCCGCCCUUACGGCUAGCAAUUUCACUGCUGGGAAUAGCACCGUACUCGUCUCGGAGGUUUUUGUUUCUGUGGACUGGGCCUGGCUGGUGCUUCCGGCUGCACUGGUGGUACUGGGGAUAGUGUUUUUGGUUCUAACAAUUGUGAUGAAUAGACAGCAGAGGCUUUUUGUUUGGAAGUCGUCUAUUCUUGCAGUGCUUUUUCAUGGGCUUGUUGGUGUUGGUGAAGGGGAAGGGGAUGGGAAUGGGGAUGGGGAUGGAGGAGGUGGAAAUAGGGACUUGAAAACGGAUACUGCGGCUGAGAUGGAUAGGAUGGCUCAGAAUAUACAUGCGAGGUUGAGGCAGUCGACUAGUGAAGGGGCGGAUCAAGCUUGA